GAGAGAGAGAGAGAGAGAGAGAGAGAGAGAGAGCGCUAGCUAGCUGAUUUAGGUUCUACGUCAGAGGGACGAUGGUGGCAGGCUGGUAAAGAUGGCCGCUCUCUCCGAGGACGGGAGAUACGGACUCAAUUGCGGCCGCAAUACCGACAGAAUCACCGUUCUGCACGUAAAACUUACCGAGACGGCCAUACGAGCGCUAGAAAACUACCGAAACUGUAAGAAUGUACCGUCCUCACAGCCAACAAUACAUUUCCAAGGACUGCAAGGGCGCAUCAAGAUUCCAAAGUCGGACGUCUCAGAUGGAUCUCACAUCUUCGAUUUCUACCUGUCCAAUGUCGGCAAGGACAAUCCUCAGGGAAGCUUUGAAUGCAUUCAGCAGCAUGUGCCCAGCUCCGGGGUCCCCCACUUGUCCUCUCUGGGGGCGAUCCAGGACAAAAUCACAGUGUGCGCCACCAACGAUUCCUACCAGGUGACCAGAGAGCGCAUGACGCAGGCCGAGGAGGACACGCGCAAGAGGGGCACCAAGGUCAUCAAACCUGGAGGGCAAUUCCGAGGUGCAAAGGUGCAGAUCCGAAAGCCAGCUCCGUCUGCCCCCGACCCGGUCCCCGAGAGGAAACGGUCGACCCCCAUGAACCCAGCCAACACCAUCCGCAAGUGCCUUACCAACAACCCAGUGUCCCAGCGGCCAUACCGGGAACGCAUCAUCCACCUGCUGGCUCUGCGCUCCUACAAGAAGCUGGAAGUCUUAGCCAGGCUGCAGCGAGACGGGAUCAGCCAAAAGGACCGCAAUUCGCUGGGGAGCACCUUACAGCAGGUUGCCAAUCUGAACCCAAAGGACAACUCGUACUCCUUAAAGGACUUCAUUUACCGUGAGGUCCAGAGAGACUGGCCCGGCUACUCUGAGGACGAGCGCGUUCAGCUAGACCGGAUCUUGGCUCGUAAACUGGGCCUGCCUGCAGAUUCACUCUCAUCCAGCAGUUCUCCAAAAGAACCAUCAUCACCACAGAAGCGCCAGCCUCAGGGUGACUUCAUCGACCCUCUGAUGUCCAAGAAACCCCGUAUCUCCCACCUCAGCAGCCGAGGAGCUUCGAGCUCGUCGGAUCGCCGCCUGCCUACAGAAACCGAGGAGAAGAGACCGGCUCCUCCAGUGAACGCAGCCUGCCCGGGCCCUUCGUCCCAGCCCCCGGUGUCCCACCCUCCAUCCGGCUCGAACUCCAACUCGCCCAGCACGCCCGAGGGCCGCGGAACCCAGGACCUGCCCCUGGACCAGAGCUCCACAUGCGGGGAGGAGACGGAACCCUACGCACCCCGCUCCAUCACUCCCAGCUCCAACUUUCUCCCAGCUUCUGCCACAUCCCCAGCAGCCAACAGUAGCAAAAAGCCCAAAAAGAAGUCGAAGAAGCACAAAGACAAAGAGCGGGAGAGGAGAGCGGAGGACGAGAACGCACGGCACAGGGAGGGACCGGCUGAGAAGGAAGACAGGCCGAGAAAGAGGCACCGCAUCGAGGCAGGAAAACACUCGCCAGCUAACGUGGACAGCUCUUCAGAUGCAGACCUGCACCGAGAAGACAGAACAAGCAAACCUGAGCUUACUGAACUUCCCACACCAGUGAUACCUGAUUACAUAGCUAAAUACACUGCGGUAGUGUCUAUGGAUCAGAGGCAGUGCUACAAGGAUGACUUUAACGGCGAGUACGAUGAAUAUCGCACUCUUCACGCUCGUGUGGAGAACAUCACACGGCGCUUCACACAGCUGGACGCUCAGUGCAGACGCCUGCUACCCGGAACCAAAGAGUACCAGGAGGUGCACGAAGAGGUGCUUCAAGAAUACAAGAAAGUCAAGCAACACAACCCGAAUUACCACGAAGAGAAGCAGCGCUGCGAGUACCUGCACAACAAGCUGGCCCACAUCAAGAGGCUCAUUGCUGACUUUGACCAGCGGAGGGCGCAGUCCUGGCGUUAAGUGGUGGGACUCCAGCAGCCAAUCAGCGCUCUUCUCAGCCUAAAGACCACAACCAGUGGCAGCCAGGGGAUCAGACAGCCUGGAGAUUUUUUGUUUUUGUUUGUUUUUUUUCUUUCUUUUGUUUUCUCACCUUGUAUUCUCCCUACAGGUCAUUUCUGAUCUUUUUGCCUGUUCCUUAUUCCCCUUUAACAAGUCUACAUUUCAUGAAUAUAUAUAUACCCCCUCCCGACUUUCUUUUCUGCCUCAUUGUUCCUUCUGACCACUGCCUCCACAGUUUAAGAGAAGAGAGCAACUCUUCCUGCUAGUGAUGUCAAGCAUGUCCAGGAGGAUACCUUUUUUUUUUUUUUUCUUCUUUUUUUUUUCUUUCCCCAACAGACUUUAAAAGAAAAAAAAACAAAACAAACAUUAAACAUUUUUUUCAAAGCAAAGAAAAUAUACUAUAGCUACCUGUAUUUAAAAGAGAAAAAAGGAAGAUCUAUUUAUUUUGAAUGGAAGGAGAAGAUUGAGUCCACGGAUGAUACAAGGGUUAGUUUCUUUUCUGGAUGCAAAUGCAUUGCCUGGGGCCUUACAAUAUACAGUGUCUAUUUGACUUCCUGAAGCCUUUGCACAGGGGCAGCUGAGCCAGUGCGUAUUUAAAAAAAAAAAAAUAAUAAAAAAAAAAGAAGAAAGAAAGAUAUAAAUAAAGAGGGUACAUGGCAAAGGGGAGCAUGGAGCCAGGAGCCAUAAGAUUCCCUUCCUCUUGGGACCCUGCCUUGAGCAGCAGCAGUAUUCUCGCUCACCGUGCAAAUGGUGCCUUAACGUGUUCGUUUACACACGAGGAUGUGGAGUCCGACCGUGCUCCAGGGGCCCGGAGCAGAAGAAACGACUGUGACCUAGUGACAAAGUUCAGACACACAUCCGUGGAAGGUGUGUGAUGGGUGGUUUUUUUUUUUUGUUUUUUUUUUUUCUUCUCCUCCCUCCGUAUGUAUGUGUGUCUGUGCGUGUGUUUGUGUGCGUGUAGCAGCUCACAUUCAUGAAGCAAAAGAAAAUAGCGACGGAUCAUCAGUGUUUGCUUUUGAGAUGUUGUGCGGGUGUGUGCAAGAGCGAUCAAGAAGAGUGAGAGAGAAAUACUGUUUUUGUUUCAUGGGGGGAGGGGAGGGGGUGAGCCUGUGACAGUUGGGGUUGGAAAUCUGGAUAAAAGAACAUAAAUGAGGAAAAAAAAUAGAAAAUGAAAACCAAAAAAAGCUGCUAUAGCCUUUUGAACCACCAGAGCAUUGGUGAUCAACCUGGCUCAAUGUUACAUGUUCUUAACUUUGAAUGAUGAGGAUGGCGAGUGUGUGUGUGUGUGUGCGCGAGUGUGUGUGUGUGUUCUCUCCACAGCACCAGACAAACACAAGAACACAAGGUUCUGUUUUCAGUGGGGUGGGGGAGGAGGCAGAACUACCAGAGCCAUACCUAAUAUUACAGUUUCAAAUGUAUUAUUCCUAAUUAUUCCACAAGUUUCAAAGAAUAGUUAUUUAUAAGUAAUGACUAGCAUGCUGUUUUUGUUUAGGCUUUUUUUUUUCUUUUUUUUUUCCAGCAGGAGAAUUUUGCAGACUUACUUUUGACAUAAGCAAAUCCUGUAUGGUGAUCCGAUAUAAACGCAAGUCUUUAUUUUCAUGAAAUACAGCUGAGGGGCAAAAAAAAAAAAAAAAAAAACCAACUAAAGAUGCUUAAGGUUUAAGGGAAACUUUGUUUACAAAGCCUUUGUUCGAAUAUAUUUUGGGAAACCAAAAAAAUCUAUUGUUUUGAUUUUGAAAUAAACUGCAUCUAUUGGUUCAGCUCAUAUCUGUACGAUGAUACGCAAUGAGUUAUUUUCCUUAAAGAAAAUGCUAGCAUCAUGAAUCAUUAUGUUCCAUUCAUGCUUUUAUGCGAAAAAUGCAGAUUCUGUCUGACAGGGAAGUGCACGUGCCACUUUCUCAUGCCGUCGGAUGUGAUUAAAAAAAAAAAAAAAAUUAAAAAUUGAUCACUACAGAUAUAUAUGCAAAGUCUUAGUGGAUAAUGAGAGACGAUUCUACAGACGCUCUUAUUUCUGAGUAUUCUUACACUAGCAUGUGUGGAAAAGAAUCGGGUUUGGGUUAAACUGUGCAGCAAUUAGCCCAGAAUGUAGUAUUGUGAAUUCUGUUAAGAAUAAGGAGUAUUGAGUAUGAUUGGAUGCACAAACGAAUAAAUCCCGUUCAGUAUUUUUUUGCUCUGUCGCUGUCUGUUCUGAAUCAGAGAUGGUUGGGGGGCAUGUCGAUUAAAUACGCAUUCCUCCUACCCGAUUUAUUCCUGGACGCUUAUUCUUUCAUUUACAUUAAUCUUGCGGUCCAGAACUGCAGGACUGAAGACAAAGCCAAACGUGUGUAAUGAUUAAUUAGUGGAGUCGAGCAGCUCUUUAUCUCCCCGACUUUCACCCACACUCCUCCCUCCGUUAGUCUAAGCCCCAGUGCGUGUUUCUCCACAACGGUGUCCCGUCAGUGAACAUACCGACUCCACUCUUAGGCUGGUUUAUGCAGAGAGAUCAAAUCCUUUAUCACAUUCAUACUUCAACUUGAAAUUGGUUGUGUUUAAGAAGAGACCAUUAAAUGUGUGUUUGACACUAACCAUUGAGAGAGGGAAGGGAUACUAAGUGCUGGUUAAGGCACAAAUUGAAACAUGCAAAAAUAAUAAUAAUAAUAAUAAAAUUGUUGGAAAGAAAUCAUACAACCUCUUAGGAUUUAAAAGUGGGAUGGGGUUUACUAAGAAUGUUAAUAUUUCCAACAUGUUCAUCUAAGAAAUGCAUUACAUGAGUUCAAUAAAAUGUGAACUUGGCAAAAAUA